GAGCCGGAGCCCGGAGCAGCCGCCUGGGCCGGUUCCCCCCGUAUCCCAGAGCGCGGCGCAGGGACCCCCCUCCCCCGCCCAGCCCGUCCCGCUCGGAGCGGCGGCCCCAUGGAGGGCGCGCGGCCUGGCGGGGCCCCGGGGCCGGCCCGGCUCCGGCUCCUUCCCGCGCUCUUCCCGGGGCUGCACGGCAUCUACGGCGAGUGCCGCCGCCUCUACCCCGAGCAGCCCAACCCGCUGCAGGUCACCGCCAUCCUCAAGUACUGGUUGGGGGGACCAGAUCCUCUGGACUACGUUAGCAUGUACAGGAACUUGGGAAACCCAGCGUUGAAUGUUCCUGAGCACUGGCAUUAUGUCAGCUUUGGGUUAAGUGACUUGUAUGGAGACAACAGAGUUCACGAAUUUACAGGAACGGAUGGGCCAAGUGGUUUUGGAUUCGAGUUGACGUUUCGACUAAAGAGAGAAACAGGGGAGUCAGCGCCACCUACGUGGCCGGCAGAGUUAAUGCAAGGCUUAGCCAGAUACGUCUUCCAGUCAGAAAAUACCUUCUGUAGUGGCGACCAUGUAUCAUGGCACAGUCCUUUGGACAACAGUGAAUCCAGAAUCCAGCAUAUGUUGCUGACUGAAGAUCCUCAAAUGCAACCAGUACAGACCCCUUUUGGGGUUGUUAAUUUCCUACAGAUCGUUGGGGUUUGCACUGAGGAGCUGCAUGCAGCACAGCAGUGGAACGGCCAGGGGAUCUUGGAGCUGCUUCGGACUGUGCCCGUUGCUGGAGGCCUGUGGCUGAUAACAGAUAUGCGAAGAGGAGAGACCAUAUUUGAGAUUGAUCCACAUCUGCAAGAGAGAGUCGAUAAAGGGAUUGAGACAGAUGGUUCGAACCUGAGUGGAGUGAGCGCCAAAUGUGCCUGGGAUGAUCUGAGCCGGCCCCCAGAGGAUGACGAAGAUAGUAGAAGCAUUUGCAUUGGAACGCAGCCACGACGGCUGUCUGGGAAAGAUACAGAGCAAAUCAGGGAGACUUUGCGGAGAGGGCUUGAGAUUAACAGCAAACCUGUUCUACCUCCAAUAAACGCCCAAAGACAGAACGGGUUGAACUAUGAUCGAGCACCAAGCCGUAAGGAUAGUUUAGAGAGUGAGAGCUCAGCAGCUAUCAUUCCUCAUGAGCUAAUCCGCACGAGACAGCUUGAGAGCGUGCACCUGAAAUUCAACCAGGAGUCUGGAGCACUGAUUCCACUUUGUCUAAGGGGCAGGCUGUUACAUGGACGGCACUUUACAUAUAAAAGUAUUACAGGGGAUACAGCAAUCACAUUUGUAUCGACAGGAGUAGAAGGAGCCUUUGCUACAGAGGAGCAUCCUUAUGCAGCACAUGGGCCGUGGUUACAAAUCCUGUUGACUGAAGAGUUCGUAGAAAGAAUGCUGGAAGACUUAGAAGAUCUGACUUCUCCAGAGGAAUUUAAACUUCCAAAAGAAUACAGCUGGCCUGAAAAGAAACUGAAAGUCUCCAUCUUACCAGAUGCUGUGUUUGACAACCCUCUGCAUUAGAGCCGAAUUACACCCUUCUGACAUCUGGGAGAGCCGAGUGACUCUACAUUGCUCAGUGACUCACAGGAUAAGAACUAGGCCUUCAGAUAAAGGAGAUUGCUGCACAACCGCUGCAAACAGAAGAGGAGUUACACAACACCAACCCAGACAGAACUGGACAGUGCUGGGCCCUUUCUUCCCAUCCUUUCCUGGGCUGAACUCUCCGGGAACAGCCUGCGUAUGUCUGAGUGCAAGUGAGAAAUAUUUAACUAUGAAAAGUAGUGGUAAGAAUUUUUUCCCUGUUCUAGCUGGCUACAAAUAUCCCUGCAGUCAUCGCCCAAGGUGUCGAUACCUUGUACACCUUUAUUUACAUACUCGCUCUGCCAGGUGCAAGCACAUGGAUUAAAUGUUCUCUUCGUGACUUUAGAAUCCUUUUGGUUAGCCAAACUUUUACUGACUGCAGAACUGUUCCUCCAGGGGCUGUUUUGUCUUUUCAGAAACAGAACGGUGUUAACGAGGCCAGAAGCUCGCGUGCUUCAUUUAAAGAUGAACUCUCAAGUUUAGUCAAAAAACAAACCCAAACCCUCCCUGCUGCUAGAAUUAGGAAAGGUCUGAGCGUUGCGCUCGGUCUGAUUAGCUCUGGUAUCGCUGCAAACAGAGGCAACUUUUUUCUUGCACAUCCUGUCCUAGUGUAUGAAUGUAUGCAUGAGCCCCCGGAGAAGGUUGUGACCUCUGCUUUUGCACAAGCAGGAGGAAGAGAGACUACCGGGGCAGAGGAGGAGAUCUCCUGUUUACAGAAUGUUUAUCUUGCAAGGGAUGCUGUCAAGUACUUCUUCCUUGCUAUUGUACAGAAUCCCUUGGAAUCCUAGAAGUGGGGAAGGACCUGUGUGUUCAAGGGGCCAUGCUCCAGGAACCAGGGGGCUGCUCUAAAUUGUCCACCCUCCCCAUCAACAGAGAGCAGCCACCAGCAGAGUCCUGGAAUUAAGCCCUGCCUGCACUACAAAACAAACCCUGCUGGGGACUCGCUUACAGCACACUUGUCCUUAGCACAGUUCCAUCUUACCAGACUCUGUUCGACAACCUGCUGCAUUUUCUUGGUGCACGUGGGACCGUAGCCAUGUGCUAAGGCCUUGACCCUUGCUUUAAUGAUUGGGGGACGAGCAGGCUGUAACCGGGUCCCCCAAGCUGUAUUGUAGUAUAAGCUUCAGGCUCUGCUUCCAACAUGCAACUCCCUCUUGGUCCCAGCGGCCUCCCUUAGACCAAGAUGGAGCAUGCGUGCUGAGAGCUUUUGUCUCUGCAGGUUGCAUCCUGGUACCGAAGAGCAGGCCGUUGGUGGGUGCAUUACAGAUGGGCUGCAGGCUACCCCAUGCUUGAGUCCUUCCCCUGCCAAUCCUGGAUUGUUCUCUAAAGCAGAUUCACACUGGAAUACAGUCACUUCUAAUUAUGUGGGUGCAGAUUUCUCCCCCCACCCUUUUCCACUCACAAGCUAACAUGGCUGUUUCUUCGUCUCUGGUUGUACACAAUAUAGUGGUCUUAAGAUGGCUGUGGCAACAACUUUUAACAACUGACUGCCUUUGAUCAAACCACAAUGGCUAAAACUGGCCCAGACCUCACAGAAGCUGGUGGUGGUGGUUGUCUUAAUUUCUUCCCAACAAACUGGGAUUUUUGUCAACAUUUUUAAAAUAUAUUUUGGAGCUGGUUGCUGUUGGAUGUAUAGUCCUGUGGUGGAGGCAUGUAUCUAGGAGCCGAGGGGUCUGGCUCUACUCUGGAUUUCCUGUGUGAGUGUAGGCAAAUCACUUCACUUCCUCCUCUGCAAAUGAGGAUAAUAUUCCUGGGGGGGUUGGGAUGCCUAGACCAUUAGCAUCUGUGAAGUGGACCAAGAUUCUCAGAGGGAGGUACAAGUACCAUUAUUUUUAUUAUUAUUUAAGGCAAGCCAAAUCCAGAUCCUGCAUUGCUUAACAGCUUCCUUUUUACAAAGCUAUGAAAGCAAUUUAGAUGUAAAUGAGUCUGUAAUUUUGUCUGAACUCAAAGGAUCAUCUUGAAAUCAUAUUUUUAAAGAGCAGCGUUUCGAAUCUCAGGGCCAGCCAGAGUGAUUUUUGUGUUGUGGCAGUCUGCAUUUAUCCAGGAGAAUCUUUGGCUGGCUUUCAGCGUCCCAUUUAGUAUGAAAUGUGUUCGCGGUGCCGGUCUGUUCUGUUCCUUAACGUUGGUGGGAGUUGUAGAUGCAUUUCCAGGGGCCAGUGGACUAGAGAGAGACUGAAAAUUGGCAUGGAAAUCUACCAACCCAGGCACAAAGUAGACUCCCCUCCCCACCUCACUGUGAAGAAAUAGUGGCAUCAUGCCAGUCAGAAAAGGGGGGAAGUGGACAAUGAAGACUUUGCCCUAAAUCCCCAAAUUUCUAAGAGUGGCCCAUGAACCGUUGUAGAAUGGCAAACACUUGCCAGUGGUGGUUGGAGAACUGGCUGAUUGCCACCGUGCUGGCUCCUCUUCCUUCUUUCCAGCUGCAAAGUCUCAUUAAGAGAAGCUGAAAGAACAGGUCUUUCCUAGGGUGAUUUGUCCAUGUCAGCAAUUGCUGCUGUUCCCACAGAAGUCACAAAGGGGCAGAGACCAGGAGGCCGUCUCUGAGUUCUGUGUCUCUGCCCUAACUCGAAUUGAGACCCUUUGAAACCUUCCCACGAGACACGUGAGUGAGUGCUGGACCGUAGGUAAAAUACCUUCUCUCUGCAGGAUUUUUCUCCAAAUCUGCCUCUCCCACGUUUGUUCUUCCGUUCUGCAUUCACUCCUGUUUGAUGCUGUGGGUUGGAUGUUUGUUGGCUUCAGAGGGGGAUGUGAAAGGAGCACACUGAGGCUUGGCCUACACUACAUGGUUAGGUCGAUGUAAGCUGCCUUGUGUCGACCUAGCUGUGGAAGUGUCUUCACUCCAGUUUGGCUCCUGAUGACGUAAGUGCUUGUCUGCACCAAUUUAGUAACGCCGCCUCCCCAAGCAGGGUAGAGUCACAGUCAAUGUAAUUAGGUUGACCCAGUGUCAGUGUAGACACAGUGUUGCUUAUGUCGACUGUUAUUGGCUUUCAGGAGCCGUCCCGCAAUGGCCCACACUGACUAUACAAUCUAUACAGGCGCUCCUGGGGAAGAUGUGUGCUGCCAACACAAGGAGCCAAGUGCACGAGCGAUUUAAUAACUCCGGGGGCUGCAUGCCGUAAGAAAUUAGGUUGACAUAAUUUUGUAGUGUAGACAUGACCUGAGUGCUUUGGAAAUCCCAGCUAUAUCCAUGUGUUUUUGUUUAUAUGUCAUGUAUUUAUAUACAGUCAUCAGUAUUUGAGUUAUGACCAGUUGGCAAGAUAGGUACCUUUUAUUUGUAAGACACUUUCUCACAAACCCUAUUCUUAAAGCCUCGCAGGCUGCCAGAUUACAGUUUGUUUCAAGGGAAGGAAGUCGGGUCUUCCUAAUUAGUUUAGCAAAUAAAAUAAAUAAAAAAACAAUUAAACAAAUCACUGCUAAAAUAGCAAUCUACAGCCUAUUGCCAGCCUCUCUGCAAGGGUUUCACUGGUGAAAGGAAACCUUUUGACUCGGUCCCAUUCCUGUCUCCAUUCUUUUAGAACAAGAAAGUUGCACAUUAAUCAAUAUUUAGAGAACUCAUCACCCGUAACAUUUUUCCCCGCAUACAGUUGAAGUUUGCAGUCGUGCCAAAGACUGUUCAGUUGGCAGCUAAAUGAGAUCUUGAGUUUUGAUAAUUUUCUAGUUGUUUUUGUCUUGGGCGGGGAGAGGAGGGGUGACAUGGGAAAAAGAGAACUUUUGAAUAUAUAUAUAUAUUUUUAAAUGAGUAAAUGACUUGAAAAGGGAAAUGCAUAAGUGUUAAUUCCAAGGUGGUUUUCCAGGCCAGUCUUGCUGAGAAUGGCAGUUCCACUCAUGCUGCUUUUAGAUUUGUUCAGGCAGGCGGAGAUUUGAACAGGGAUUAUACAAAAACCCAAGCCAUGCAAUUUGUGUUGGCUGGAAGCAGCGAUCUGGAUGUAAAUUGUAUUUUAAAAGAAGUGUGUAGAGGUUUCUCUUUCCCCCUACCCCCCCAAAAAAGAGAGAAAUCUCCCAAUGCAGAUAGAUAGGAAUACUUACUUAUGGCAGACCUGUGAUGCCUUGAAAGUCUAUCAUGGGGACAGCCACCUUCAAACAAGAGCUGUAAACACUCUUCCCCUCACACACUUCGUUUAAAAAAAAAUUACAGUUACAGUAUUAAAGAAACUAGGCUCUCAGCAAACCAGAGAGCCCUUGCGACUGGUGUGAUCUAUUGUAAUAUUUUCUGUGGCUUAGAUCUAGAAUAUCUGUUGUGUGUAAUGGCUUUGAGGACAGCGGUAGGUUGGUUUGAUUGUACACAGAUUUGCCAAGAAUGAUUUGAGAUGACAUGCUAAAGCCCUACAUUUUAAAUAAUCUGUAGCUCCUGAAUGGUCACAGGGCACAAGAUUGUCUUUGAGGAAAUAAACAUUUUUUUUUCCAAACUUGAGACCAGUAGAAGUACUAGAGGAUGGAAUUUAAACAUCAUAAUGAAUUGAUGCAUAGUUUGUUAGACAUUGACCUGCAGUGUCUGUGUCCCAAGUGUUGCAAAUUGCUCUAUUGCAAGCAAACCUGGCAGUGAAAUUAACUAAAGCGAAAGUGAAUCUGACUUAGGACCCAGUUCUGCAAAGGGAUCCUCGUUCCAGUGUUCAGUCCUACUGACAUGAGUGAGGCACACAGGUCUGCUCACAUGGAGACUGGUCCUCGGUCUGUGUUGAUUGUCAACGCAAGGCGUAACCACUUGACAUAAAAAGCAAAUUGAGAAUUUUUUAAAUCUACAAUAGUGUCAUUUAUAAUAGAGAGCGCAAGUGGUCAUAUUUGUUUUCUCUGACAUUGUCCACAAAUGGCUGUCUUGUUAGCAAAUGGAAGGUGAAAUUAUGACGUGGCUGCUUCUUAUUCUGUUUUAAUCAUUAACAGUUUACAGAAGUUACUGCUGCUUCUCUCUCAAUCCCCUUGUGUGACUCCGCAGGCUCUUUAAUUGAAUGAGCUGCGUUAUCAUUACUCAUGUACUGUGCAUUUACCACAUCAGACUAGUCAGCAGCGCCUCCCAAGGAAAACGCUUUCAGACACUCCAUCUAGAAACAUGGCUGCUGCUCACAUUUUUCUCCGGUGGUGGGCACAAGCAACGUCUUCUCUUCCUUUUCUCUGGCCUUUUUAUUACUACGAAAGGCCUGUGUGGGAAAGGGAUCUUUGUUGCUUAACAGCUCGUCGUGCACCUGCUGGUUAUUCCACCUGCUGGUUAUUCCUGCCUCACAUGUUCACAUCCAAAGUCAUAACCCCCGUUUUGUUGUCUUGUAACUAGCUGCUAGCAAGGAUUGCUCUUGCAGCUUCCGGGGGCGGGAAAUAGUACGGGCUGUUAGGUCAUCUAGCCCAGGGGUGGCCAACCUGAGCCUGAGAAGGAGCCAGAACUUACCAAUGUACAUUGCCAAAGAGCCACAGUAAUGUGUCAGCAGCUCCCCAUCAGCUACCCCCAGCACCUCCCGCCCACCGGCAGCCCCACCAAUCAGCACCUGCCCCUCCCUCCCCACACCUCCCGUGCAGAGGUGAAAGUAAGCUGGGACGCCCCGGUACAUCGUACCGGCAGGAGCCAGUGCACCGUACCAGGGCAGCCCGGCUUCCU